CUGUAAAUAACGACUUUUUUGUUUUGACUAGUAAUUCGCUUAAGAAUGUAAUAAUAUGAAAUGUGUGAGCAUUUGUAACUCUUGAAAAUACUUUUGUAAGUUUUCUUCCACUUCAAGUUUGCAUUUUGUCGUUCUUACAAAUACUUGGGUUAUGGAAGGUUCAACUUCUGUCUCUAGUGAUGGAAUAGAUGGGGCCAAUAAAUUAGAAUGUGCUGUAUGUCUACAACCUUGUAUACAACCUGUACAGCUUCCAUGUCGCCAUAUUUUUUGUUACCUUUGUGUAAAAGGUGUUACUCAGCAGAGUAAAAGGUGUGCCAUGUGCCGUCAGGAAAUUCCUGCUAAUUAUUUGGAUAACCCACAACUAAUAGCUGUUCCACAGCCUACAGUAGCUUUUGAAGGAUCAUACCAGUGGUUUUAUGAAGGAAGGAAUGGUUGGUGGCAAUAUGAUGAUCGUACAAGUGCAGAAAUUGAAGCUGCUUAUAAAAAAGGAGAGCAGCAGUGUGAAGUUCUUAUAGCUGGAUUUUUGUACAUUAUCGAUUUCCAAAAAAAUAUUCAAGUCAGACGUUGUGAUCCAUACCGAAGACGUCACAUCAAGCGAGAUCUUGUUACAAUUCCAAAAAAAGGAAUUGCUGGAAUUCGACUUCCUUCAGACACUGUGGCUGCAGAAGUGAAUACCAUUUCAUUAGAUAAUUUGACUUUGAGUGGUGAAGAAAGCUGUUCAAGUAGUGAUGCUUAUUGUAAUGUGACUGUGAAUGAUACUGACGUUACAAUGGCUAGAUGUUCAUCCGACUCUUCUACGGAAGAAAGCUGAAGAAUUGCUAUAUUAAUAAAGCGAUUUUAUGUACUUAUUUCUCUUACUUAAAUUUAUCAAAAUUUUUGCUGCCUUUAUUUUGAUUGAUAGCUGAAUUUUUUUAUGCUACUUUUCUUUUUCUGUCUGUGAAAUGUUCCCAGUUAGAUAUUAGGAAGAGAUUUUUUGAUAAUGUAAAAAUUUCUGAAAGGUAUGCAGCACUUAUUUGAUUAAACAAAAAGAUCGUUCAA